UUGCGAAGGGGGAGAAUAACGUCGGGUCGGGUCAGCGGGCGCUGCAGUAGUCGCCGCAGCGGCGAUGGGAGCGGUGGGGACGAGGCGGCGGCGGCGGCGGCAGGAGGAGGAGCAGGGGCUGGCACGAGAGCAGCGGCUGGGGGCGGCCAGCAGCGGCACUAACAGCAGCAGCAGCAGCCGCCGCCGCCGCCGCCAGUAGACGCUGACGGUACCCGAGGGGACCGCCGAGCCCACGGGCCCUCAAAGCCGUGCUCGGGUCCCGCCGCACUGGGCGGCGGGGGAUGGGCAGGCGGCGGCGGUCGUUCCUGCUGAGGGUUGACGUCUGCCGGUCCCGGCCCUGAGCUGGACCCGAGCCCUCUGCCCGAAAUCUCUGCGUCCGCCCGGGCCCAGCAUGAAAUCUCUCUGGGCCCAAUAAAUGUAUCCAGAAAUUAAAAUAUCUACUAAAGUGGAGAGGAACUUUACAAGACAUUAUGGUUACAGUAACUGACAACAAAAUAAAAGUGUUAAAUGGAAACCACCCUUGGGAUCUGGAUGCCUGUUUAGCCAUUCUGCCACACCUGUGAAUUGCAAUGAGUGGAGGAGGAGAACAGCCGGAUAUCCUCAGUGUUGGAAUCCUGGUCAAAGAAAGAUGGAAAGUGUUGAGGAAGAUUGGGGGUGGGGGCUUUGGAGAAAUAUACGAUGCCUUGGACAUGCUUACCAGGGAAAAUGUUGCACUGAAAGUGGAAUCAGCUCAACAACCAAAGCAAGUUCUGAAAAUGGAGGUUGCUGUAUUAAAAAAACUACAAGGGAAAGACCAUGUUUGUAGAUUUAUUGGCUGUGGGAGGAACGAUCGAUUCAACUAUGUGGUCAUGCAGUUGCAGGGUCGAAAUCUGGCAGAUCUUCGACGUAGCCAAUCUCGGGGCACAUUCACCAUUAGCACUACUCUUCGGUUGGGUAAACAAAUUUUGGAGUCUAUUGAGAGCAUCCAUUCUGUGGGAUUCUUACACAGAGAUAUCAAACCGUCAAACUUUGCCAUGGGUCGCUUUCCUAGUACAUGUAGGAAAUGUUACAUGCUUGAUUUUGGCUUGGCACGACAAUUUACCAAUUCCUGUGGUGACGUCAGACCACCUCGAGCUGUGGCAGGCUUUCGUGGAACAGUUCGUUAUGCAUCAGUCAAUGCCCAUCGGAACAGGGAAAUGGGAAGACACGAUGAUCUUUGGUCCUUAUUUUACAUGUUGGUGGAGUUUGUGGUUGGUCAGCUGCCAUGGCGAAAAAUUAAGGACAAGGAGCAAGUAGGCUCUAUUAAGGAGAGGUAUGACCAUAGGCUAAUGUUGAAACAUCUCCCUCCGGAAUUCAGCACCUUUCUGGACCACAUCUCCUCUUUGGAUUAUUUUACAAAACCAGACUAUCAGCUUCUUACAUCGGUGUUUGACAACAGUAUCAAGACCUUUGGAGUAAUUGAGAGUGACCCUUUUGACUGGGAGAAAACUGGGACCGAUGGCUCCCUGACAACCACCACCACCUCUACCACCCCUCAGUUACACACCCGCUUGACCCCUGCAGCAAUUGGAAUUGCAAAUGCUACUCCCAUCCCAGGAGACUUGCUUCGGGAAAAUACAGAUGAGGUAUUUCCAGAUGAGCAGCUUAGCGAUGGGGAGAAUGGCAUCCCUGUUGGUGUGUCACCUGAUAAACUGCCUGGAUCUCUGGGCCACCCUCGUCCUCAGGAAAAGGAUGUCUGGGAAGAGAUGGAUGCCAACAGGAAUAAGAUAAAGCUUGGAAUUUGUAAAGCUGCUACUGAAGAGGAGAACAGUCAUGGCCAAGCAAAUGGUAUUAUCAAUGCUCCAAGUCUUGGUUCACCGAUUCGUGUUCGCUCAGAGAUUACUCAACCAGACAGAGAUGUUCCAUUGGUUCGAAAGUUACGCUCGAUUCACAGCUUUGAACUGGAAAAACGUUUGACCCUAGAGCCAAAGCCAGAUACUGACAAGUUUCUUGAGACCUGCCUGGAGAAAAUGCAGAAAGAAUCCAGUGCAGGAAAGGAAUCUCUUCUCCCUGCACUGCUUCAUAAGCCGUGUGUUCCGGCUGUCUCCCGUGCUGACCACGUCUGGCACUACGAUGAAGAAUAUCUUCCAGAUGCUUCCAAGCCUGCUUCUGCAAAUACCCCUGAGCAGGCAGAUGGUGGUGGCAGCAAUGGAUUUGUAGCUGUUAACCUGAGCUCCUGCAAACAGGAGGUUGAUUCCAAAGAGUGGGUGCUUGUGGACAAAGAGCAGGACCUCCGGGAUUUUAGGACAAAUGAGGCUUUAGGCCAUAAAACAAAUGGAAGCCCUUCUGAUGAGGAGCCCGAAGUGCUUCAAGUCCUGGAGGAAUCACCACAAGAUGAAAAGUUCCGAUUGGGUCCUUGGGCAGAGAAUGAUCCUUUAAAGAAGCACACCUCAGGUGUGGGCUUAACACUCUCUGGGGAGUGCCCUGCCAUUGCUGCUUCAGAACAGUAUACAGAUAGGUUAGAACUCCAGGCUGGAACUACGAGUCAAUUUAUUGCAGCAACACCUACAAGUCCAAUGGAGGCCCAAGCAGAAGGACCCCUAACAGCGAUUACAAUUCCUAGACCUUCUGCAGCAUCUACACAGUCAACUUCUGGAAGCUUCCACUAUGGUCAGCUGAUGCCAGAAAAGAAAGAUCUUCAGCCCAUGGAGCCAACUGUUGAACUUUACUCUCCAAGGGAGAACUUUUCUGGCAUGGUGGGGACAGAAGGCGAGCCUCCUAGCGCAGGAAGCAGAACAGACUUGGGAGUUCAGAUAGAUCAUAUUGGUCAUGAUGUGUUACCCAAUAUAAGAGAGAGUGACAAAUGCCAAGACCCCGGAUCAAAAGACCUUCUUGACCAUAACAAACGGGCUCUGAAGGAAUUUGAGAAUCUCCCUAGGGAAACUGAAGAGAAAAGCAUUCUCCUAGGGUCAGAGAAUGAAGAUGAGAAAUUAAGUAAAGGGCGGCAAUGUAUUGAGAUUUCGUCCCUCCCAGGAGAUUUGGUAACUCUGGAAAGGGAUCACUCAGCUACUAGUGAACCUCUUGAUGUGACAAAAACACAAACUUUUAGUGUGGUGCCAAAUCAAGAUAAAAAUCAUGAGAUAAUGAAACUUCUGGCAGUUGAAACUUCAGAAGUUUCUCCACGACUCACUGACUCACAUGUUGAAGGCCAGGUUGCAGCAAUACAAAAAAGCAAACUUCCUAAGGACGAUGAAAGCAAGAGUGAAGACUUACCAGGUUAUCAAGGAGAUCUGUCUACUUUUUUGCACCAAGAGGGUAAGAAAGAGAAAGUUGCACCUACAAAUGGAGAAUUAUUUCAUUGUGUUUCUGAGAGUGAACAUUGCCCCCCAUCCAGAAAAGAUAUGGUUAGGUCAUCCCUUGUAACUAGACACAGCCGGAUCCCUGUUUUAGCACAAGAGAUAGACUCAACUUUUGAAUCGUCCUCUCCAGUCUCUGCAAAAGAAAAGCUUCUUCAAAAGAAAGCCUAUCAGCCAGAUCUAGUCAAGCUUCUGGUGGAAAAAAGGCAACUCAAGUCUUUUCUUGGGGAUUUCUCAAGUGCCUCUGAUAAAUUGCUAGAGGAGAGACUAGCCGCUGCUUCCUUUUCCGAGGAAGAAGUCCUCACUCCCUUUUCAAGACUGGCUGUAGACUCACACCUGAGCAGGUCAGCUGAAGAAAACUUUCUGUCACCCAUCAUCUCCCAGUCCAGAAAGAGCAAAAUCCCAAGGCCAGUUUCAUGGGUUAACACAGAGCAAGUUAAUAGUUCAACUUCAUCUCAGUUCUUGCCUCGACCACCACCAGGAAAGCCACCCACCAGGCCUGGAGUAGAAGCCAGACUCCGCAGAUAUAAAGUCCUAGGAAGUAGCAAUUCUGACUCAGAUCUUUUUUCACGCCUGGCCCAAAUUCUUCAAAAUGGCUCUCAGAAACCUCAGUGCAAAAGUCCAGGAUCCCCUCACAAUCCAAAAACACCACCCAAGAGUCCAGUUGUCCCUCGCAGGAGUCCCAGUGCCUCUCCUCGAAGCUCUUCCUUGCCUCGCACAUCUAGUUCCUCGCCAUCCAGGGCUGGACGGCCCCACCAUGACCAGAGGAGUUCAUCCCCACAUCUGGGGAGAAGCAAGUCACCCCCCAGCCACUCAGGAUCUUCCUCUUCUAGGAGGUCCUGCCAACAGGAGCAUUGCAAACCCAACAAGAAUGGUCUGAAGGGAACUGGCAGCCUCCACCACCACUCAGCCAGCACUAAAGCUCCCCCGGGGAAGAGUAAGUCAGCCAGUAAACUCAGCAGAUAGGGGCCGGGCUGCAUCUUUGUGAAAGGUGUGAGAUCUUCCUCCUAAACCCGAUGCAUGUGUGUCCCUGUACUGUCUAUUUAAAAAAUCAGUGUUGAUCUUCUCUUGCAAAAGAAGGUAACAUGAUAAAUUAUUCAUAAAAAGACAUAAAUAUAUGAUAAGGAAUUUCUUAAGGCAGACAGCAAGCAGAAAACAGAAUCAAUGCCUUUGCAUAGGAAGGAGCAACCUAGCGAAAUCCAAGGAGGGAAACUCACUAAAUGAACUUUCAUUUUUAGCUGCCUUUUAAAUAGGGAGUGAAGGUAGGAGAUAGAAUGGAAGUUUAAAGGGUUUUGCCACUUUGUAAAGGGUCUACUCAGAGUUGCUAUAGCACAAGUAAAACUUGUUUUAAUAUUUUCUUUAAAAACUUUCCAAUCUUAGAGGGUAAGUUAAGUGUUAUUUUUAUAUUAGAGUAUGUAAGAAAUCUGUUCUUGAAGAGCCAGUUAUCAUACAGAUUUGACUUCUGUUGUGUAUCUGGCAUAUCAAGAAUUCACACAUUUAUUUAGUCUCAUUCUUAGUAAAAUCCCUAGAUUUCACAUUUAUCAUUUAGUGUUUUUCACCUGAUCUGGCUUCUUUUAACAGUACACUCUAAUUUGCUUUCAGCAACAUGCUGAGAAUGUUUUUAGUCCCCUAAUAAUUCCUUUGGAGCAAGGUACUUUAAUAUAUUUUUUUUUGUGAAAAGUAACUGAUGAAAUUUAAGAAAAGGAAGUUUAGGUAAAUCUCAAUAGCGCUACUUUGCAGCCUUUAGUGCUUUAGGGAGAGAGGAUAGUGUAUGUUAAUCCCUCCCAGAAAGAAGAAUCCUCUCCCCCCAAGUUUCCUCCUUGUGGAAAGAAAAACCGACCAGAUUAGAUCCCUGCUUCCUCAAUCUUUUAGGUACCAACUGUUUGUAAUAUCAGCCUCCAAGAUAAUACCAGGGAAAUAUAAUGCUAUGGAAUGUGACUUUGCUUUUAGAGAUUUAGAAAAAGAAAGAAAUUAGGAAUGUUGUUGAGGUUUAUAACCCUCAAACUUUGUACUUUAUACAUUUAGCCAAUAAGGAAUGAGUAUCCGGGAAAAUAAAUUUAGGCCCAAUAUUUAUCUUUUAAUGUUUUGUUAGCUGCUUUUCCUGUGCUUUGGUUUGAUAUUUUGGCUUCUUGACCUGAUUUCCAAGUAAUCUCAAUUUAGAAAGCUUGAGAAGGAUCAUACUUGUUCUAAUCUCACUCAUGCUAGCAGAGAUCAGGUAAAAUUAAAUCAGACUAGACUUUUAAAAUGGGUUAUUUUUUAUUCUGUAGGUGUUUUGUGUUGUAAAUACUUUAUUAAGGUCAGAUAAAUUGGUCUGCUUGCUGUUGAAAUUUGCCUUCUAGCAAACAUCUGUACUUUCUCUUUGACCUUAUGUUUGCUGCCAAACCUAGUAUGGUUGAAUUGGGGGCGGGGGGGAGAAAGAAAUAUAUUUCCUCACCAAGUGAACAUACUCUAAUGCUGCAUCAAUGCUGCCCUGAAGCUGCACUGAACUUAAUCUUGUUCUCUUUAUCUGUGUCGAGCUUUUUAAAAACAAAACUCAAAACACUAUUGAGGCAUCUACGGUCUCCCAUAAUAUAUGUAGCAUAAUGUGGAAUUUUAAUUUCUCUUCACUUUCAGGCACUACAGAGGAAUGCAAUAGAUGAGAAAUAUUUGCUGUUUAACUAAAGCAAUUGUAAUAUUGGAAGACCAAUUCUUCUGUAUUAUAUUGUAUGAUAGUUGCUAUAACACUACUUGCAUGUCUUUAUGAUAAAUUAUAUAAAUAUUUAUAAAUAUAUAUAGAAACAUAUGCAUAUAUACUCAUUCUUUCUCAUCCUCCAUUUGUAAUUUCCAGAUCACAGAUGGAUGAAAUCCUUUUUUAUUGUGUGCCUCGCGUACACUUAGGCCUUGCCUAUCUUCAUUUUCUGAAAAAUACCUUCUUGGCAUGUGAACCUCAAAUUCUUUUUGCCUUCCCUGUGUAUAAUGCAAGGAUGGCAAUCUUUAACAAGCCAAGAUAGAUUUAGUUUUUAUUUUAAAAAGAUUUUAACGGGGGGCGGGGGGGAACGGGAGUUACUGGGACAUAAUGCUUGUAAUUCUGGUUCAGAUAUUUCUCAUAUUGAUCACAUAAUUCCAUCUUUAUGGUUAGAAUGGAUAAACUGGGAUGAUAAUCAUGGGUCUGACACAAAUUGAUUUUUUAAAAACUCUUAAAAUUUCCAUUUACUUUCCUUUUUCCACCUCACUUUUUUUGAGGGGUGGGAGAGUAAUUUAUAAUUAAGGAAUUAUCUUCUUUUUCUCUAUUAGCUAAAUUGUGCUCUAAAAGUAGCUAGCUUUAAAUUCUAUUCAGAAAUGUACUUUGUUGUUCCCAUUGGAAAAGCUGAUGAGACCACAAUUGAGAUUUGUGUCUUGGUUUAUUUCUUCUUUGCAUUUCUCUGCUAAAGCAGUCACAUCUGACAGUGAUGAUGCAAGUAUUUUCCCUUUCUUGGUUACUUACAUUUUUCUCUCAUCCUUUUUCACUGUGUUUACCUCCUUUUCUAAAUGGGACUGACAAACUCAUUGUGAUCCAGAGAGAGUGUCCUUGUGUGCAAAUAUUUUAUUUUGCAUGCAAAGGAAUGAAAUAACCAAAGAUGUUUCUGCUACUGAUACUUUUGAAGAAAACUAAUAAUACCUUAUGCAUCAAUAAGGCCACUUAAAAUUGAUGUCUUACAGAGUUAUUUCAUGGUUUUAUUUAAAAACAUAGUUUAUAUUUUAGAUAUUAAAUAUUGGUUGUUCAGGCUAUAAAAUUUGGCAGGCAAUCCUGAGCAAAGCUCUUUUGGCACAAGAAUUGUUUUGCUUUUAUUUUAAAGUAAAAUAGAGAGCAAGUUGGUUGGUCUUUAAAAUUUAAUUUUACUUAAUUUUCUUUAGUGAUGGUAUAUUUCAGAUUUUUGUGACAAAUAUAGAUCAUUCAAGUAAUUUUAAACCAGCUGGUUAUUCCAUCUAAGCUAGGAACAUAGCCGUUAGUUAAAGUCAAGCCAAAUUUACACUAAAAUUAAAAAUAUCUUUCGAAAAACAGGUACCUCCUGAUUUCUCCUAUCACAACAAAUUGGUUAGUUACCGGGUCACACUUGUCCUUGCCUUCUCCUACUUGGUUUCUGAAAUUACUUAGAUGGAGCGGGUGAUAGAAUUAGCAACAACUCGGUUCAUUUAGGUAGCAUUCUUCCUGAAUUAUGCCGCCAAAUCUCCAAGGUCAAAAUAUUAAAAUUCCACAUCAUAAUGUUUUUGCACAACUUAAAGACAUUUAAUAUAUAGUGAGCAAAGAAAGAAAAAUGGCUGCUGUCAAAUUUAACCUAUAAAUACAGACUAUAAACAUCUUUGAAUGAUAAAUCUUAGGCAGGUAUUCCCAUUCUCAACUUUAGUAUGCAAGCUGGCCUUGCUGAAGGUGGUCUAGUUACAUUUACUGUUUCUGAAGUUCCAUGUUGUGAAGUGAAUGAAUGUUCCUGGGAAAAGUUGCCAAAUUAAGUCAAGAGUAGCAAAAUGGUAAUUGUGACUCACUGUUGUCAAUUAUCUAUAUUAUUUUCUUUUAAAAAUCUCAUGCUUACUAAUCCAGAUACUGUGCAGUAUCUCUGGCUCGCUCCUAGCCACUGGAAACUCAAGGUUCAGUAAUAAUCAGAGAUUCCUUCCAGGCCACAUAUUUUGAUGCAAAUGUUUCUAUGGCUGCAUUCAAUCAACAAAACAAAACAAAGUAUACAUUGGUUGCUGCAUGUUUUAUAAAUCUAGCCACAGUUAAAAGUGAAGUUUUUUAUACUUUGAAUCAGAAACAGAUGCUUUCCCCCAAGAGCAAAGGAGUCUGUUCUAGGAACUACAAUGCUAAACAAGUAUUAGGAGUUGGUGAUAAGAAAACAGGAUCUAAAAUCAGAGAUUAGUGAUUUUAAGGGAAAAACUGCAUCAUACUUUGGGGUAUUUGAAAAUAUAUUUGUAGAUCAAAGUUUACACAUUAACUUUUGAUUCCUUUACAUCUAGCAAAUGUAACAUGUUAGGGAACAUUUUCUUCAAUCAUAUUUAUAUAUUUUGUAAUGACUUUGUUUUCACUCUUUACAGUCUGCCCACUUCCUUUUAUGUACCUUUACUACUGAUGUGUUGGGACUUGGGACUUAGCGUACAGGGGGGGAAAAUUUACCACCUGUUGCACAGAGGCAAUAGAACAGUGGAACAGCUGCAUUACAUAACUUUGAGUUUAAUUUUGUAGAUAAUUUGCAAGAUAUUUACUUAUAGGUAUUAUAAUACAAAAAGUAUUGUAAGAUCAGGAUAUGUAACCACUACCGUAAUUCUCACAUAAUGAAAUACCCAAGUUCAGAAACCACAGUUGUGUAUUUAGAACUUAGAAAAGGGAAAAUGAAAAGGCUGGGCCUGGAAUCUUUUUUUUUUUUUUUUUUUUGGCUUUUUGGGUCACACCAAGCGAUGCUCAGGGUUUAUUCCUGGCUCUGCACUCAGGAAUUAUUCCUGGCUAUGCUCGGGGGACCAUAUGGGAUGUUGGGAAUUGAACCCGGGUUGGCCACGUGCAAGGAAAACACCCUACCAGCUGUGCUAUCACUCCAGACCCCCUGGGCCUGGAAUCUUAUGGGAGAAAAAUUCAAGUGAUUUAUUUUGGACACCCCAGCUCACAGUAGAACUCUGGUUUUAUUGUAUAUCAUACAUCCUCAAGGAUUUGGGAGAAGUAUGAAAACAUGUCACUAUACAUUCUCAAUAUUGUGGCCAUCCCUCUAGAGAAAUUUAACCAAGUCUUGGGAGCCUGCAGAAUUGGUUGCCUACCUUGCCGAGCGGGCUGGAGCGAUAGCACAGUGGGUAGGGCAUUUGCCUUGCGCAUGGCCGACCGGGAUUUGAUUCCUCCGCCCCUCUCGGAGAGCAUGGCAAGCUACCGAGAGUAUCCCACCCACAUGGCAGAGCCUGGCAAGCUACCCUUUGCGUGUUUGAUAUGCCCAAAACAGUAACAAGUCUCACAGUGGAGACGUUACUAGUGUCUGCUUGAGCAAAUCGAUGAACAACCAGAAGACAGUGCGACAGUACUGCAGUGCUACAUACCAUAAUCUUUGAAAAAUCUAUGGCUGGACAUGGAAUUAUAGUGGUUUUGGCCCAUCAAUAUUUUAUAGUUCAGUUGUGCUUGUGUGUUUUGACUUUUAAAUUAUAAGCUUGAUAAUUAUGUACUUUGAUCAGUUUAGAUCAGAAAAUUAAACUAUUUGAUAAGAUUACCUUUAUAUACUGCACCAAGACACUGAACAGCAAAGAUGGUAACAUUUAUUCAGCAAUGGUUUUAAUUAUUUCAAUAUUUUCUUAGACUUUGUUGGAUCCUGAGUCUUAAAGAACAAGAAAAGAAGUGAAACCCUUUCUGUGAAGACAGGGUCUUCCUCUAAAUUGAAAAUGACAUCAUGUAUAGCAGUAGUAGCUCUGUGAUUCUGACAUUUCUCUCAGAUAUUCCAUGGUAGGGCUUCUGGGUUCCUUGACCUAUAGAAACAGACUUAACAUGUUUGAGCCCAUGUGACUAUAGGUCUAGCUGCUGACAUAGUUUUACACACUACAGGUAGAAGUCUUAUCUCCUCAGUAAUUUAAUGUUUCAUAUUGCAAAAAUAUGAAACAUCACUUGCCUGGUUAAAAACAUUGAGCUUUAAUAUAAAUUUACUAUAUGAUACUUUUCCCCUCCUUAACACCUAUACAGCUUAAAUCCUUAAAUAUUUAUGCACCAUAUCUGGAGUCUAGGUGUUCUUUAUGUAGCAAUGGGGUAAACAAAGGAAUCAGAUCAUGAAUAUGAUUGAUUUUAGAGAACUAUAGAGAAAGGGACCAUGGGGCCAAGAAAAGGGAUUGAAGAGCAGCCUUGGGUCUUUUUCAAAGCAAUUAUUUUUUUAAACUUUUUGUCAGUUUUUUUUUCACUAAGUUAAAAAAAUUCAGAAAUAUAAAGGAGACAAAAGAAGUUAAAUUAUCACAAUGGCAACAGGGCCCUGAAAUUGUAAGAACUGAAUAAAGAAGAUGACAGUUAAGAUUGAGUUCUGGCUUGAGUCCCCUCACUUCACCCAUGUACACAGUUUCUAGUGCCCUCCUGACAUUCUUUUUCUAAAAGAUCCAGUGUCUGGCUGACUUCAUUGAGCCAUUUACUUACAAAUCAAACUUUUAGGAAGAGAGGAAGCUGGGUAAGCAUCUGGUUUUGAAUUAGAUGUAAACCUAUUCUUUGGGGGGCCACUCCUGUCUUUGUGCUUUGAGGUCAUUCCUGGUAUUCUUGGGGAACAGGCAGUGCAGGAAUGAACCUGCUGAGCCUGCUCCUCCCACAUGCCCAGCGUACACUCCAAUCUGUAGAGCCAUCUCCAUGGCUCUGGAUAUAAAUCUUCAAAGUUAGGAACUAAUGGCAGCUCUUUUAAGUCAGAUUGAACUGCAAUGCAGAAUAAUUAUCUCAUUGAGUAAGACCAAUAUUUUAAUAACUACAUUUCUCUUCAUGAAAUUAAGAUGAUAAAUUGCUCUUUUAAAUACCUCCAAAGGCAUUGUAUUAUUUUUCCUUCCAAGCAGCCCCUCGUUAUGCUUUUGCUCAGGCAACGAACGACAGAGUAUUGGCAGAAACAUGGAGUGCUUGUGUAUAGGCCAUCUGUACAUAGAAGUGUAAUUAUUUAUUUAAUUUUCCCAUUUGUAUCAUAUUAAAGCUUUGUACAGUGUUUAAGUUGUGUUUUAAAAUUAUUUUGUAUUUUAUUUUUAUAAUCUAGUAAUAAAAUAUUCAUUCCGCAUGCAAACUAG